CACAGUGUCAGCCACUUCUGAACCUGCGUUUUCGUCUGGAACCACAGAGGCAGAAUCCGCUGCUAAGUAAACCACAGCCAUGAGUGCGAGUUCGGAUGCUGAGAUGGCAGUUUUUGGCGAAGCAGCUCCCUACCUCCGAAAAUCGGAAAAGGAGAGGAUUGAGGCCCAGAACAAGCCCUUUGAUGCUAAAACUUCAGUCUUUGUCGCGGAGCCCAAGGAGUCCUACGUGAAGAGCACCAUCCAGAGCAAGGAAGGGGGGAAGGUGACGGUGAAGACAGAGAGUGGAGCGACUCUAACUGUCAGGGAGGACCAAGUCUUCCCCAUGAACCCUCCCAAAUUUGACAAGAUCGAGGACAUGGCCAUGAUGACGCACCUGCACGAGCCUGGAGUGCUGUACAACCUCAAAGAGCGUUACGCAGCCUGGAUGAUCUACACCUACUCGGGCCUCUUCUGCGUCACCGUCAACCCCUACAAGUGGCUGCCGGUGUACAACCCCGAGGUGGUGACGGCCUACCGAGGCAAGAAGCGCCAGGAGGCCCCGCCCCACAUCUUCUCCAUCUCCGACAACGCCUAUCAGUUCAUGCUGACGGAUCGUGAGAACCAGUCCAUCCUGAUCACCGGAGAAUCUGGGGCGGGGAAGACUGUGAACACCAAGCGUGUCAUCCAGUACUUUGCAACAAUUGCAGUCACUGGGGAGAAGAAGAAGGAGGAAGCUGGCAAAAUGCAGGGGACCUUGGAAGAUCAAAUCAUCAGCGCCAACCCCCUACUGGAGGCCUUUGGCAAUGCCAAGACCGUGAGGAAUGACAACUCCUCUCGCUUUGGCAAAUUCAUUAGAAUUCACUUUGGCACUACAGGGAAGCUGGCUUCUGCAGAUAUUGAAACAUAUCUUCUAGAAAAGUCUAGAGUCACCUUCCAGCUAAAGGCAGAAAGAAGCUACCAUAUUUUUUAUCAAAUCACUUCCAAUAAGAAGCCAGAUCUGAUUGAAAUGCUCCUCAUCACCACCAACCCAUAUGACUAUGCCUUCGUCAGUCAAGGGGAGAUCACCGUGCCCAGCAUUGACGACCAAGAGGAGUUGAUGGCCACAGAUAGUGCCAUUGACAUCCUGGGCUUUACUCCUGAAGAGAAAGUCUCCAUCUACAAGCUCACAGGGGCCGUGAUGCAUUAUGGGAACAUGAAGUUCAAGCAGAAGCAGCGAGAGGAGCAGGCUGAGCCUGAUGGCACGGAAGUUGCUGACAAGGCAGCCUAUCUCCAGAGUCUGAACUCUGCCGACCUGCUCAAAGCCCUCUGCUACCCCAGGGUCAAGGUCGGCAACGAGUAUGUCACCAAAGGCCAGACUGUGCAGCAGGUGUACAACGCGGUGGGCGCUCUGGCCAAGGCCGUCUACGAGAAGAUGUUCCUGUGGAUGGUCACCCGCAUCAACCAGCAGCUGGACACCAAGCAGCCCAGGCAGUACUUCAUCGGGGUGCUGGACAUCCCACUAGGCAUCUUCUCCAUCCUGGAGGAGGAGUGCAUGUUCCCCAAGGCCACAGACACUUCCUUCAAGAACAAGCUGUAUGACCAACACCUGGGCAAGUCUGCCAACUUCCAGAAGCCCAAAGUGGUCAAGGGUAGGGCAGAGGCGCACUUCUCACUGAUCCACUAUGCUGGCACUGUGGACUACAACAUUGCUGGCUGGUUGGACAAGAACAAGGACCCCCUGAAUGACACUGUGGUUGGGCUGUACCAGAAGUCCGCAAUGAAGACUCUGGCCAGUCUCUUUUCCACAUAUGCUAGUGCUGAAGCAGACAGCGGUGCAAAGAAAGGUGCUAAGAAGAAGGGCUCUUCUUUCCAGACUGUGUCAGCCCUUUUCAGGGAAAAUUUAAAUAAACUGAUGACCAACCUGAGGAGCACACAUCCCCACUUUGUACGGUGUAUCAUCCCCAAUGAAACCAAAACUCCCGGGGCCAUGGAGCAUGAACUCGUCCUGCACCAGCUGCGCUGUAACGGUGUGCUGGAAGGCAUCCGCAUCUGCAGGAAGGGAUUCCCCAGCAGAAUCCUUUACGGGGAUUUUAAACAAAGAUACAAGGUUUUAAAUGCAAGCGCUAUUCCAGAAGGACAGUUCAUCGACAGCAAGAAGGCUUCUGAGAAACUUCUUGCCUCUAUUGAUAUUGAUCACACCCAAUACAAAUUUGGACAUACCAAAGUUUUCUUCAAAGCUGGCCUUCUGGGUCUUCUGGAAGAAAUGAGAGAUGAAAAGUUGGCCCAGAUUAUUACAAGAACUCAAGCUGUCUGCAGGGGAUUCCUUAUGAGAGUGGAAUAUCAGAAGAUGUUGCAAAGGAGAGAAGCCAUCUUCUGCAUCCAGUACAAUGUCCGCGCCUUCAUGAACGUCAAGCACUGGCCCUGGAUGAAACUCUUCUUCAAGAUCAAGCCGCUCCUCAAGAGCGCGGAGACCGAGAGAGAGAUGGCCACCAUGAAGGAGGAGUUUCAGAAAACCAAAGACGAACUCGCCAAGUCAGAGGCGAAAAGGAAGGAACUGGAGGAAAAAAUGGUCACUCUCUUGAAAGAGAAAAAUGAUCUGCAGCUCCAAGUUCAAUCCGAAGCUGAUGCCCUGGCUGAUGCAGAAGAAAGGUGUGAGCAACUGAUUAAAAAUAAAAUCCAGCUGGAGGCCAAGAUCAAGGAGGUGACGGAGAGAGCUGAGGAUGAGGAGGAGAUCAACGCCGAGCUGACGGCCAAGAAGAGGAAACUGGAGGACGAGUGUUCAGAGCUCAAGAAAGACAUUGAUGACCUUGAGCUGACCCUGGCCAAGGUUGAAAAGGAGAAGCAUGCCACAGAGAACAAGGUGAAAAACCUCACAGAAGAGAUGGCAGGCCUGGACGAAACCAUCGCUAAGCUGACCAAGGAGAAGAAGGCCCUCCAGGAGGCCCACCAGCAGACCCUGGAUGACCUGCAGGCAGAAGAGGACAAGGUCAACACCCUGACCAAAGCUAAAACCAAGCUAGAGCAGCAAGUGGAUGAUCUUGAAGGGUCUCUAGAGCAAGAAAAGAAACUUCGAAUGGAUCUAGAAAGAGCAAAGAGGAAACUGGAGGGAGACCUAAAAUUGGCCCAAGAAUCCACAAUGGAUGUAGAAAAUGACAAACAGCAACUUGAUGAGAAACUCAAAAAGAAAGAAUUUGAAAUCAGCAAUUUGCUAAGUAAAAUUGAAGAUGAGCAGGCAGUAGAAAUUCAACUACAAAAGAAGAUCAAAGAACUGCAGGCCCGCAUCGAAGAGCUGGAGGAGGAAAUCGAGGCAGAGAGGGCCUCCCGGGCCAAAGCAGAGAAGCAGCGCUCAGACCUCUCCCGGGAACUGGAGGAGAUCAGCGAGCGGCUGGAAGAAGCUGGCGGGGCCACUUCCGCCCAGAUCGAGAUGAACAAGAAGCGGGAGGCCGAGUUCCAGAAGAUGCGCAGGGACCUGGAGGAGGCCACCCUGCAGCACGAGGCCACGGCGGCCACCCUGAGGAAGAAGCACGCAGACAGCGUGGCCGAGCUCGGGGAGCAGAUAGACAACCUGCAGAGGGUGAAGCAGAAGCUGGAGAAGGAGAAGAGUGAGAUGAAGAUGGAGAUCGAUGACCUUGCCAGUAAUGCAGAAGCCAUUUCCAAAGCCAAGGGGAACCUGGAAAAGAUGUGCCGCACUCUAGAAGAUCAGAUGAGUGAACUCAAGACCAAGGAAGAGGAGCAGCAGCGGCUGAUCAAUGACCUGACAGCUCAGAGAGCACGUCUGCAGACAGAAGCAGGUGAAUAUUCCCGACAAUUAGAUGAGAAAGAUGCUUUGGUCUCCCAGCUUUCAAGGAGCAAACAAGCAUCUACACAGCAGAUUGAGGAGCUGAAACGUCAGCUUGAGGAAGAAACUAAAGCCAAGAACGCGCUGGCCCACGCCCUGCAGUCCUCCCGCCACGACUGUGACCUGCUGCGGGAACAGUAUGAGGAGGAGCAGGAGGGCAAGGCCGAGCUGCAGAGGGCGCUGUCCAAGGCCAACAGCGAGGUGGCCCAGUGGAGGACCAAAUAUGAGACAGACGCCAUCCAGCGCACAGAGGAGCUGGAGGAGGCCAAAAAGAAGCUGGCCCAGCGUCUGCAAGAAGCCGAGGAGCACGUAGAAGCCGUGAAUGCCAAGUGCGCGUCCCUGGAGAAGACAAAGCAGCGGCUCCAGAAUGAAGUGGAGGACCUCAUGCUCGACGUGGAGAGGACGAACGCGGCCUGCGCGGCCCUGGACAAGAAGCAGAGGAAUUUCGACAAGGUGCUGGCAGAGUGGAAACAGAAGUAUGAGGAGACUCAGGCUGAACUUGAGGCCUCCCAGAAGGAGUCCCGAUCUCUCGGCACUGAGCUGUUCAAGGUCAAGAAUGCCUACGAGGAAUCCUUGGAUCACCUGGAAACCCUGAAGCGGGAGAACAAGAACUUGCAGCAGGAGAUUUCUGACCUCACGGAGCAAAUUGCUGAGGGAGGGAAACAAAUCCAUGAACUGGAGAAAAUAAAGAAGCAAGUGGAACAAGAGAAAGGUGACAUUCAGGCUGCCUUAGAGGAAGCAGAGGCAUCUCUGGAACACGAAGAAGGAAAAAUCCUGCGUAUCCAGUUGGAGUUGAACCAAGUCAAGUCUGAAGUUGACAGGAAAAUUGCUGAAAAGGACGAGGAAAUAGACCAGCUGAAGAGAAACCACAUCAGAGUGGUGGAGUCGAUGCAGAGCACCCUGGACGCUGAGAUCAGGAGCCGGAACGAUGCCCUAAGAGUCAAGAAGAAGAUGGAGGGAGACCUCAAUGAAAUGGAAAUCCAGCUGAACCACGCCAACCGCCAGGCUGCAGAGGCCCUGAGGAACUACCGGAACACCCAGGGCAUCCUGAAGGACACACAACUGCACCUGGACGAUGCGCUGCGGGGCCAGGAGGACCUGAAGGAGCAGCUGGCCAUGGUGGAGCGCAGGGCCAACCUGCUGCAGGCGGAGGUCGAGGAGCUGCGGGCCACUCUGGAGCAGACGGAGAGGAGCAGGAAAAUGACGGAACAGGAGCUCCUGGACGCCAGCGAGCGCGUCCAGCUCCUGCACACCCAGAACACCAGUCUGAUCAACACCAAGAAGAAAUUAGAAAAUGAUGUUUCACAACUCCAGAGUGAAGUGGAAGAAGUAAUUCAAGAAUCACACAAUGCAGAAGAGAAGGCCAAGAAGGCCAUCACUGAUGCAGCCAUGAUGGCCGAGGAGCUGAAGAAGGAGCAGGACACCAGCGCCCACCUGGAGAGGAUGAAGAAGAACCUGGAGCAGACAGUGAAGGACCUUCAGCACCGUCUGGAUGAGGCCGAGCAGCUGGCCCUGAAGGGCGGGAAGAAGCAGAUCCAGAAACUGGAGGCCAGGGUACGUGAGCUUGAAGGAGAGGUUGAAAAUGAGCAGAAACGUAAUGCAGAGGCUGUUAAAGGUUUGCGGAAACACGAGAGAAGAGUAAAGGAACUUACCUACCAGACAGAGGAGGACCGCAAGAAUGUUCUCAGGCUGCAGGACCUGGUAGAUAAAUUACAGGCAAAGGUGAAAUCAUACAAGAGACAAGCAGAGGAGGCUGAGGAACAAUCCACCGCUAACCUCGCUAAAUUCCGCAAGCUCCAGCACGAGCUGGAGGAGGCCGAGGAACGGGCUGACAUUGCCGAGUCCCAGGUCAACAAGCUGCGGGCGAAGAGCCGGGAGGUCCACACAAAAGUCAGUGCAGAGUGAGCACAUCUGCCUGAUCCUGCCAAGGGGCUGAAGAAAUGCACAAAAUGUGCUAUUCUGGGCCACUUGGCUAUCAUGUUUAUUUUUCUCUUAAUGUUGAGUAAAUAAAAACUCUAACAAACUUAUACAUUAAACCAAACUGUCAUUUU